AUGUCUCAAAGACAAGGACAACAGCAAAGACGGAAGCGAAGCACUUACGUAACUAUGGCAUGUACAAAUUGCCGACAAAAACACGCAAAAUGCUCCGGAAAAGUUACUUGUAGACGUUGCUCGCAACGUAAUCUUGAGUGUACUUUUAUUGAUUCAGGUAAAAGACGAGGACCAAGGGCAGUCGGCAGACUUGUAGAACAGAAUUAUGUUAAUAACGGUCCUGAACUUAAUUUUAAUGGAACAUAUAUGCUAUCCUCCGUAAUUCCUAAUAUCACUCAGG